GAGGGUGGAGCUAAUGGGGGGAAAUGAGAUGAGAGGAAGUAGAACAUUUUAGUGUUCCUGGAUCAAAGCAGGUGGUAACACAGCAUAUUAUUGGCACACACUGCGCUCUUAAUGUUUGUGUAUCUGGGUUGUAUAUGCUUGUAGGGACGUAGCUGCUACACACAGUGUGAUGAGGCUGCAUGCAAUGUCUGCUUAUACCUGCAUCCAUUGUUAAGGAAGCCUGCAGCAGGCCAGGACUGAAAGAACUUGAUAGCUUUGUUAAGAUCGCUCAGUGUUCUAGAUCGCUUAGUUCUAUAAAGGAACGCUUGCAAGUCUGAUGGAGAAGAGCAGUAUUCUCUAUGUGAUCGCCGCAAUGUUCUGUAAACAGCAGGAUGCUUUCACUGCACGCUGCUAUCAUCUCUUAAAGGGACCGGUAUAUUCCUAUCCCUUAUACACUCGAUGGGAAUGGGGAGCAGAUAGGAUACGAUUGGGGAGGGGAUCUAAAUACACUAAGUGACAGUAAAUUUGAUAUAACGUAGGUGUUAUUUUAUAAACAGUUCUAAAAAAAAUGUUUUUGAUCACUUAAUAAUGAUUGUGUUAUUGUAUAUUUGGUUUUCUCGUGUAGAGAUUAAUAUGAAUAAUUACUUUAUCGCCUUGAUCAGGUAAUGAUUAUGCAAUGGUUGAGUCACUAAUAGUGAAAAAAGUGCAAGCAUUCAAAUUAAAAAGCUUAGUAUGCUAUAAGAAUAUGUACAAAUCCGACAAAGCUUCAAUGAAUCAUGUUACAUGCUACAUCUGCAUAACCUAUUUAAAAUGGAUGCAUUAUUUUAUUUAGUAAGACAGGAAUUGGGGACACUUUUCUAUAAAAUCAUAUUUUAUCGUUCUAAAUUAGCCAUAAAUUUUUUUUUAAGAUACUGUUUUCCUAAUAUGAAUGUUUUGGUCUGAAAUUGCAUUUCCUUUGAAAAUUUUCCCCUGUUCACAUAUUAGCAGGAACAUUUAAAAAAAAAAAAAAAAAAAAAAUUAUUUUGUGCUAAUUGUAUGUGUGCUAAAAUGUUUAUUUUUUCCCCCAGAAAUUGUGUAUAGUUUAUAUGCACAUAUUGUUAUUUCUUCUCAUUCUCUUUACCUGAUUAGUUGCAUACCUGUUAUGGUGACUUGCACUAUAAUUGAACAUUAAAUAUUUGUUUUUUUGGGGAAAACAAAAAUAUUAAUUAUCUCAGUAUGAAAAUGAACUAGUAGUGACCAGUAUAUAAGCUAACUUUUUUUUUUUUUUUUUUACUUUUUCCAAGUGACUCCUUACAUGCUCAUAUUUGAUGCUAAUUUUACAAAUUUUUCUGAAGAGUGUGGUUUUGAAAAUAAGCUCCAUAACCACUACAAUGCUAAAGGGUAGAGGGGACAAAAUUCUGGGGUGCGAAAGGCCAAAGUAAGUGGGGAAGAAAAUCAAGUGCAUCUAGAAAAUGAAUACAUUUUGCUUGGAGGAUGGAAAAAUGUCUCUGCUGUGACAGGUGGAAAAUAGAAUGAUAUAACCACUGCAUUAAAGGACCACUAUAGUGCCAGGAAAACAUACUCGUUUUCCUGGCACUAUAGUGCCCUGAAAAUCACAGUGAGAAGCGCGGAAGCGCCUCUAGCAGCUGUCAAUGAGACAGCCACUAGAGGCUGGAUUAACCCAUAUGUAAACAUAGCAGUUUCUCUGAAACUGCUAUGUUUACAGCAAAAAGAGUUAAACCUAGCUGGACUUGGCACCCAGACCACUUCAUUGAGCUGAAGUGGUCUGGGUGCCUAUAGUGGUCCUUUAAGUUCAACAGCUUGUUGUACUGAUUAUCGAGUGCUCUGGUGCACCAACAUUGUAAGUAGUCAAGCCAUGUUUAAAACGUUUGACUUACCUGGGGUCUGCUAUGUGCAGUUCCCUACCUUCAGUACAGAUCUCAUAGAGCUGAAACUUCCGUCAGCGCUUCUAAACUAAGCCCUGGAAUGGAGGGCCUAGCUCCAAGGGUGAGAGCCAUCACCAGUAGUUGUUAUGGUGCUUAGAAUGUUCCUAUUAAAAGUUACCUGUGACUUCUGAAGACUUUAAUACUAUAUACUUCUCCCCUAUAUAUAGAAAAUACGUUUUCUUGAGGUUUGAAAAAUAGAUGCAUGAAUUCCUUCAUUUCAUUUAUUGUGUAACUGAGUGCCUUGGCUCCUUGUUAACCAUAGUUAUAAAAGUUGCCCUUUACUCCCUUGAACAAAGUUAGUGGAAUAGAAGAAAUGUUCAUGUUCUUCUCAUUUGCAUUGUUUACCCUGCCUGUGCCCUAAUAGGAUUAUAAUCUAAUUUUCCUAAUCUUUAAUGUACAUUUUACAAUAAAACUGUCCAUCACAUCAAAAAAAAAUAAUUGAAAUUAUAGGUGAUUUUUCAUUUUAUUCAAACAUGUAAUUUCCAGAAAAGUGACAGGUCCACAUUAAUGUUAGCGCUUUCCAGAGAAAAUGUCUUAUAAAAAGUAACUGUUAUUAAUCCAAUGAAUAGGGGGAAAAAAAGAUCCCAAAAAUAUUUUGCACUUGUGCACACAUAAAUAUAUAAACACUACAAUUGUUUUGUUUCUAUAAAAGAAACUGCAGUGAGAGUAAUAAACUACAUAUGAACUAGAGGUACCUAGAAUUCUGCUCUAUGAAUGAAAAUAAUGUAGUUUUCUUUAAUGUUCCUUAAAGCAACUCUGUCACCCCCAAUACCCCCCCCCCUACGCUCCCCCCAAAAAUGUAAAAAAAAACUGAGGAGAUAAAAUCUCGAUGAAAUACACACUUUGACUGUGUUUGAAUUUCACUGAAAUUCAAAGGCAGUCAAAAGAUAUCAUACGCCAAAGUAAAGGACUACCAUACUUUGUAUUAUGUAUUUUAUUACCCCUGACAAGAAAACGAAAAAAAAAGGCAUAUGCACCUUUAAAUUUUGUCAUUUUUCCUUAACUAGUGACAGCUGUGAGGAAAAAGGCAUUGCCUCUGGAGGCUCUCACAUAUGUGAGAGUAAAGCACUGGCAUGGGCUCAUGGUAGACAAAGUGCCAUUUGCUAAAAAAAGGUUCCACUGGAUAAAAAUGGAGGAUGCUAUGAGGGACAACUUCAGGAAAGUAAAACGUACCUUCCUGUGCUCCCCUGGGCCACUGCAUUGUAAGCCGGAGUGGGGUGUCUUUGCAAACAAUGCAAAGACCCCAGAUGGUGACCUCAUUGAAAUUGAGUCCCUUGGCGCUGUUUCUCCUAUCCGUGUUAAACCGUUUUCAAGCUGUUUAACACUCAAUGAGGGUCCUUGGCCACUCACAGCCAAGCCAUGAAGGCACCUUCUUAGGCAUGUGAAUUCAUACCAGCGAUAGAUUUCUGUGAUAGACUGAGAGCGGUCAGCUGACACGUAAAUCACACCACACAAAUAAUUGCUGCUCAGGCUAACACUUUCACUAAAGUGAUCAUUUAAAUAGGAUUAUUCACUAAAGUGAGAAUGCAAAGUGAACUUCAAAUUUAAGGCUAAAGUAGCCAAGCUGAAAGCAUAGUUUACAGUUUGGCAAUUUUGACCUUAAAUUUGAAAUUCACCUUGCAUUUUUCACUUUAGAAAACAACUCUGUUACUCAUUAACCUGAGCAGCACAGAGACAGACUGCUAACUGUGGUACACUCUUGUUUAGCAUUAAUCCAUUAAAAAGCAGUUUAACACUGAAUGGAAUGACAGCGCCAUGAUACUCCAAGCGCCAUGAUACUCCAAGCACCAUAACCAUUUAAGUGAGAUGAAGCGUUUACAUUUCCUAGAGUCUCCCUUUAAGAUCAGGUAACAUCCUUACAAAAGUUAAUGUUAAUAGAUGCUUUGGAGAAUUGUCUUUUGGCACUAAUAUCCUAUUUUUAUAUUAUUAUUUUUUUUUUCAUUUAUUUUCUUUUUAAUCUCCUUCCUUUAGUUUUCAGUCCAGCCAUGGACCUUCGUGCAAUGUUUCACAUACAUGAACAAGGGGAAGAAGAAGAGUUGCUGCAGAAGGAUUCCAAUCCAAAUCACAGGCACAGAGAACGCAUCUUCAGACCGAGAAUCUCUCUAUUUGGUUUAAAUGAAGAGGAAGUGCGAUCUAGGUACCGCUUUAGCACUGAAGUUAUCCUAGAGCUGUAUGAACAAAUCCAACAAGAUAUAGAACCAAACUGUGAACGAAACCAUGCUGUGCCAGGGAUGGUGAAACUGCUUAGUGCCCUGCAUUACUUUUCAUCCGCAUCCUUCCAGGGUACUGUGUCUGCCCUUUCUGGUAUAUCCCAGCCCAGCUUUAGCAGGCACUUAACCCAAGUAUUAAAGGCCAUAAACAAACUCACUCCCCAGUACAUUGUUUUUCCUUCAGACAAAACAGCUAUACAAACUAUAAAAGAUGGCUUUCACAAAAUGUCCGCUUUUCCAAAUGUUAUGGGGUCAAUUGACUGUACCCAUGUUGCUCUGUCACCUCCCACAGAAGAUAUUUACAGGAACAGUAAAAAUUUCCACUCCUUAAAUGUCCAAAUGGUAUGUGCGUCAGACAUGAGGAUUUUGAAUUUGGUAGCUGGAUACCCCGGAUCCACUCACGAUUCCUAUAUUUUGAAACAUUCGAGUUUACAUUCAAUUUUGACGUCUGGAAAUCUCCCAGAAGGUUGGCUUCUGGGUAAGUUAAAUGUAUUUAUUUUAGGAGAAUGUAGUUCUGGCAUAGGGGUGUUGAUAUGUGGCUCUCCAUUUCAUUUUGAACUACAAACCCUGUAUUUCUUCAUCAAGCAUAGGAUAGCAGAGGAUUAUGGGAGCUGUAGUCUUACAGUGUCCCUGAUAAUUAACUUUUUAAAUCUCCCCUAUUUUGUCUUUCAUCCAUGGCACCCAGGCUCCACUGAUGUCAUAUGUCAAGUCUAGCAUUCCCAUUCAGCUGUCCAAGCAUUUGGAUUGAAAGAAUGUGCUCACACCGUCCAAAUAAAUCUCAAUUACUUUUGUGAAUUGUGCAGUGAGCAUGCAAGCAACUUAUGUCCUGUGUUAAAAUUACAAAGGUAGCAGGUUUCUAGCUUGUAAACUUGAAUAUAGAAGGCAGCUCUGGCAACCCAAACCGGAGUUUCUCUGUUUCGUUUCAGGUAAAUAUGUGUGAGAUGAAAGGAGGGUGUAGCACCUAUGGUGAAUUCUCAUAUGUGAAUAAAUAUGUAAAACAAGAAGAGCACAGCAAAAUACAGUGUAGUAUUUCUGGUGCAGGUUAAUGAAAGAAAUGCACUUACAAUUUGGAGAGGAUAUUUGGUGUGUUCUUUUGAUCCAGUAGUAAGCACUCCAAGGAUAUCUGGAAUAAACGGAUAAUAAACCCAAAUCUAGUGCAGUGUUUUAUGAGGUAGAAGUAAAAUUAAAAUAGAGAAAUGCACUCACAUUAUAUAGAGCCUCCCACCAGCUCUUGUUUUACAUAUUCGCGUCUGAGAAUUCUCUAAACGCGCUACACCCUCCUUCCACCUCACAAAACUUUGUCCUGUGUGUCUUUGUGCGAACAGCACCGCUUGUGCAACUGAAAGAGACAGACAAACUAGAAUGUAGUGAGUACACAUUGCAUGCUACCAUUCUUGUAUGACAUCGGGGUAAGGAAGGUGAACCCAGGCACCGGAGCGUUAAAAGAUUUGUUUUCAGGGAUAGUUUGCUAGCACUGAAAUCCUGCAAUAAGGUGUUUGGUGUGUCCCAUUAAUUUACUAAAGUUGUUGAUUUUAAGUGAGCUCUCUGUAAUACUAAUGUUUGAUUUUAAUAUAGCAUUUUACAAUUAAGGUGGACCUUUUAUCUACAAGUGUGUGGAUUGGAAAUUAUGUCCAUUAUUUCUGUAGAUAAAAAUCUCAAACAGAUUAAAAGUGAAACUUGAAUGUCACCUUCAUGUAUGGCAUAUUGUCAUAGCUGAUAACCAUUCACCACUGUUCCUGGCUCUAACAUUUAGGUUAUGUUUGUAGUAUAUCUUGUACAUUUAUUUAUAUAGUUUAGAAUUUUCUCCCAAAAUGUUUAUGGCGUUUCUUGUAGUUCGAGUAUCUGUACAUUUUCUUUAACUUUAAUCUACAGGUGAUGAUGCAUAUCCCUUAACAGAGUGGUUGCUAACUCCUAUCAAGGACCCUAAAACUGCAGCACAGAAACAGUACAAUGCUGCACACAAGGCAGCACACUCCGCUAUUGAACGCACAUUUGGAUCACUAAAAAGCAGAUUCCGCUGUCUAGAUCGGUCAGGUGGCGUUCUGCAGUAUUCUCCAGAAAAAGGAGCACAAAUAAUCCUGGCUUGCUGCAUCUUGCACAAUUUAGCUGUCAGUCGAAAUCUGGAUGUAGAAAUUGUUGAUGAUCUUGAAACACCUCCACCUGUACCCCCGGUUUCCAAAGAAGAAAACACACAGGCUGGAAAACAAACCAGAAUGCGAGUGAUUAACAGAUACUUUACAUGUAAGACUUUAUUAAGCUCUAUCAUUAUAAAUUACUUUACUCAUGAAGAAAAGAAGCUUGGCUGGAAAUUUCCUCUUUUAAUUGAUAACUAUAAUGUUAGGAAUACACCUUUGUUUUUGUAGCGCUAUAGUGUCCCUUGCCCUAACCAUAGUAGCCACCCAUAUGCCAAAAUAUUAAUAAAAUCAAAGCUUUACUUACUUUUUGCAGCCGUGAGGCUCCUUCAGCACUGCUCAUUUCUCCCGUAAUGUAAUCGAGGCUUUUGGGCAAUGGUCCAUUGUAUAUGCAAUUCUCUCCUAUGAGUGUUAAUCGACCAGUUCAGCGGAAGUGCUUUUAGUGACUGUCAAAAAGACAGCCCCGAAAGGCAUAUUUAACCCUGCAGUGUAUUACAGGGGCGCUGUACCCAGACCACUACAUUGAGAUGAAGUAGUCUGGGUGACGUUAUUGUCUCUUUAAUGUAAUUUGAAGAUAAUUCAUUACAAGCAUUUAAAUGUAAUCAAAAUAAACCUUUUUUUUUUAAAAUAUAUAUAUAUAUUUUUAAUGUUUUGUAAAGAAUUAAUUAACUUGGGACUUCUUGCGCUAUAUCCACAACAAGCAACAGCUAUGAUUAUAGUUCUUUAAUUGCUUGCUUCAUUUCAUGAGCAUGGAACGGGAGAAAUAUGUUUUUGUAAAAAUGAAAAACUUUCCUUUUUUUUGACAAUCUUUAUUUGUGUUGGUAUUUUAUGUUUUCCAGCAAUGCAAGGUAGAACUACAGGUCGGCUUUUGAGCAAAGUAGAUUAUUAUUAUUAUUAUGUUAUUAUUUAUAUAGCGCCAACAAAUUUCGCAGCACUUUACAGUGGGAUCAUAUGAUCAGGGGCUUCUAUACAGGAAGCCAUGCGUUUAUACCUGGGUCAUGGAUAAUCAAACAUGCAUUUUCAGGCUUAUAAGGUUACAAGUAUAAAGAUAGUACAUAGAUUGGGCUGCUAAUUGGACAGCUAUAAUUAAACAAGUUAUUGCCCACUUACCAGCCGUAUGUUAAAAACACUACUGCAGCUUUGCAGCUCGGGCUGCACCUCGAGGGUAUAUACCCGUUUUUCCAUUGUAUUUUUAAUAUAUGGCUAUAUGUAUACUUUCUUGUACUUCUUGUGUAAUAAGGUGCAUCUAGAAAUUUGUGUUUAUUUUUAUUUUAGUAAGGUUACUUUUCACAUGCUAUACAUUCUUCUUUUUUUUCUUACAUUCCGAUAUGUAGCUAAACGAAGUAGCCAUUUUGUAAUUUAACUAGUGAUUGGUUAGAAUUUGAACAUAAGUUGCUGAUAAACUUAUAUUAAAGAGUUCUGCCUUUUUUAAUUUUCAUUUUAAUAUUCUUUCCACAGAAAAUCUAUUGAUUUGGAAUCUCUGCUUGUGUUCUUGAUGUUAUUGGUUGCAUAUUCCUCACAUCUCCUCGGACUGAAGUCACACGUACCUAUUUUAUUGCUAUAUAGAACUGUAUAUCUAACUAUGUGUUAGUUUAGGUUUAUAGAUAUCUGUCAGAAUUCCAUCAUUACGCUACAUUUGACAUGCCGAGAAAAUCUUCAGAGUUUCAACUUCCACCUCUGUAGGAGGCAGUGUUUGCCACAGAGAUUCUGAGAAGAGGAACACAGACUUCUGGGAGUCCUGCCUUUCAGUAUGGAGAUUUUCUCCCAUCAGUCAUAUCAUAGGUGGUAACCUUAUUGUAAAGGAAAAACAAAAACACUAAACAUGACAAAACAUUUUAGAAUUUAAAUGUUUGUGUCAAACAUUUUAUUUCUUUGAUCUUUUUUGUUAACUUCAAAUAUGUUUCGUAAAUCCUUUAUUUUUAUUUUUUUCUUAAACAAUUCUGCCUAUAUUUUAACUACUAGUUUCCUGCUUGGAACUAAAGAGGUGAAAUGUGGUUCUGUCUCUUUUUAUAUGAUCUAUUUUAUUUUUGAUUUCAAUAUAUUUUCAUGCCAUUCAUUUUAGUACUUUAGUAGCCAACAUAGCCACACAGUUUAGUUCCAAUGUAGCAUAUAUGAAUAGGCUGUACAAAUAAAAAUCCAAGUGUCCUCUGGGGACAUUUCACUCACUUCUGUUAACCUCCUGCACUCCUAGUUCCUUUAAUGUUAAUAGGGAACUAUUUUCACAUUAUUCAUUGUGUAUAUAUAUUACAUUGAAGCUCAAUUUGUAUGUAUUUCCAUUAUAUCUCCUUUUUUGUAUGCAAAUACUCAUCAUAUAGCCUGUUUGAUUUACUUUGAUUACUUGACUUCUGUUUCAUGGGAAAACUGGUUUUGAACAUGAAGAUAUUCUUGUACUCUUACGUAAAAUUCAGUGUACGCCAGUAUCAACUGCAUACAAAUUGCUAGUAUGCUCAUAAACAUUUCAUCAGAAAAUGGAAUAUUGGUCAGUAUGAUUUUUGUUCUCCUUCACUGUCAAGAUCCAUAUUUAGAAUAAACUAUAUCCCUUUCAACUUACUAAGGGCAAAUAGUUUAAUGUUAAAAAUCAUUCAGGUACGGAGCGGCAUUUGGUCUAGCCAAGUUUCGGACCAAAUUCAGGUCCGUUUGGGACCUGAAUUGCAAAAUGCAGACAUUGUUGAAUAGUAUGAACAAUGUCCAGAUUUUGCAGUCCAAAUGGCCCCAUAUGCAGCCUAAUGGUUUUACCCCAGUUGACAUGGGGCCAUUUAGACUUUAGCGAAUAACCCAACCAGUAAUGAGAAAAAAAUUACAAGAGUUAAACAUUGACAGAGAAUGGGAAAAUAAAUGGGGUGAGCUACUCAGAAAAGGCUAUCAUUGAACAAGGAGAUGAAACUGAAAGGUAAUAUGGAGAAUGAGCAGAUAAAGUAAAGGGUGUAGAUGUCAGAAUAAAGGAGAUAAGGUAAAUUGUAAGGAAAGGCUAGAACGACUGCAUUUAAAAGGACUCUAUAGGCAACCAGACCACUUUAUUUCAAUGAAGUAAAAAAACAUUGCCAUCAUCCUGAUAGUCACUUGAGUCGCUUCAGAGAAAUAGUGGAGUAAAACGUAGUGAGGCAUUUUGCAACGCAUGCCAACUAGCCUUACAAAGGUCUCCUAUAAGAAAGCUUUACAAAGUUACAUAGUUAGAAAGGCUGAAAAGAGACAUGUAUCCGUCAAGCUCAUCUUUUCUCACAUCUGUUUUUGCUGUUGAUCCAAACAAAGGCAAAAAAACAAGUUUGAAGUGCUUUCCAAUUUUGCAACAAACUCGGAAUAAAUUCCUUUUUGACCUCAAAAUGGCAGCCAGAUCUUUCAUUGGAUCAAGAAGCUGUUACCAUACAUGUAGAAUAUUGUUUUUGCAAUUAUUCAUUCAGUUGCUGUUUAAACAACUGUACAGACUCUGAUAAAACCACCUCUUAAGGCAGAGAAUUCCACAUCCUUAUUGUUCUUCCUGUAAAAACAAAAAAACGUUUUGCCUUAGUCUAAAUCUGCUUUCUUCCGGUCUAAAUGCUUUGUGUCCUAUGUGUAGUUCUAUUUAUGAAUAGAUCUCCAGACAAUGUUUUGUAAUGGCCCCGAAUAUAUUUGUAUAAUGUUAUCAUAUUC